AAGACGCUCUCGACUUUGAGCUUAAUCGUGGAUUUAUAAAAUGAUCGCGGUUUAAAAAUAUGGACACACUAAGAGACCGGUUAAAAUAGCUGAUAAAAGUGCGGACGCUACCACCUUUUUUAAAAGUUAAAAUGACAUGUAUGUUUUAACAAAACAUCAAUGCAGUCGAUUCAUUUGAUUAAACUGCAACGAUGUUUUUGGAAAAAGAAACAAACUGAUUAUUCUAAAGACAACAGUGUAUGCAAAGUUUAACCAUAUAUCUGAGUAUAUAUCUUACAGCUAAAUAUAAAAUAUAACAAAGAAAUACUAGUUGGAAGAGUGUAAAUAAAAAAGAAAAAAACAACAACGAGGAUUUAAACACAGCCAAACACUUGACCAAAUCGAAGAUGUGGGAAAUGUUUACUAUUAUAGCAGGGCUGGUACUUGUGACAGCACAAGUCGUUAGGGGUAUGUCCCCAUCAUACAGCACGGACCUGGAGACAGAGCUACGUACAGCCUUGUUUACAGGAUAUGAGGUUCUCCAAAGACCCGCUAAACAGGUCCCAGUGACAGUGUCGAUGAAUCUGAUCACCGUCAAUUCCUUGGACAUCAAGGCACAGACCCUUUCCACAUCCGGUUUCUUGAAAUUCAAUUCUACAUUUCUGAGUAUCUUAACCGUUAUAUCAUUCAUGUGUUUUUAUUUUCAAAAGUCGUGGCCUGACGACCGUCUUGUAUGGGGAUCGGAUACCAACUACAGUAAUAUCCCGUUUUUGUUCUCAACCGAAACAUACGCCUGGACACCGAAAGUCGUAAUUGAAAAUAGUGUGAAUGACCUUGAAGUGUUCAGCGACGUGAACACUCUCAUCCGACUGAAUGCCUUGGGUACCGCUAGGUGGACACCAGGGGGCGUGUUCGAAACGAGUUGUGAGGCGGAUAUCACCUACUACCCACUUGAUACGCAGACAUGCAGCAUAGUCUUAACAACAUGGUCGUAUACAUCAAGCGAGAUAUCUCUGUCAUUUGACGAUGACCCAUUCAUUUUGGACAAUUUUAGUGAAAAUGGCGAAUGGGAGUUGAUUGAGACUUCAAACACUUCGGAAUCAGCCGGAAGGUCAAAAUCCGAGUCGUUCACUUAUGACAGACUGUAUUUCACCAUGAAGUUGAGGAGGAGACCCCUCUACCAUAUAUUGAACACGAUCUUUCCAGUGAUUCUCAUGUCCUGUCUGAUCGUGUUCGUGUUCAAACUGCCACCUGAGUCGGGGGAGCGAAUCGGCAUGUCGUUGACAGUUCUUUUGGCCUACGCAGUGUAUUUGACGCUAAUAACAGACAAUAUUCCACAAACAUCGCUUAGCGCCAGUGUUUUGUCCACAUACCUCACAAUUAUUCUGAUGUUGAGCACGCUCUCGGUUAUCUUCACGAUUGUCGUCCUUGACAUUUACUUCAACCAUGACGAUGACGAGGCGCCCACUGAUUGGCUGCAGAAAUUCACAAAAUACUUCUUGGUGAAAAUUACGUGCUGGAAAGGAGGAGCGUGUUGCAGACAAGGGAAAGUAAAACCAUCGAACGUUUCUGAUUCGCGCAUUGCUUUGGUAGAUCUGGACAAAGUAAUCGAUGAUAACAUAGACAGGUAUUCGCCAGGUCGCAAGGUGGCACUGCCAGAAGAUGAUGAUGAUAAUGAUGAAAAGAACAAGAAACCUGAGGAAAGACAUUACUCAUGGAAGGAGGUUGCUCUUAUUCUUGAUCGCUUCUUUAUGUAUUUGUUUGUAUUUUUGGUUGUUACUGUUACCGUGGUUUGUUUGUCGAUUCUCGCUGUUGGUGGACAACAGUAAAUGAACAUGUUAAGGUGUUUGUGGUGAAAAAAAUCAAACUUUUUUUUUGUUAUUAUGCCAACUCUACAUAAUAACUAUUUCUGUUAUACAAUGUAUGUACUUUUGCUACAACAACUGUUUGCAGUGCUUGGUAUCGUUAAUAUAAUCUAUCACGUAAACUCUAUUAAAUAAGGGAUGAUCUAUAACUUGAUAUCUGAAAGGGAGGCAUUUGUUUGCAUGAACUUGCAAUAUAAGUCUUCGUGAUUGUUUACUGGAAUAUUUCAAAAUGCGUGCACCAUUGUGAUAUAUUUCUGAAAGUCAUUUUCUAUUGCUAUUCAAUAUCCUAACGUAGUUUCAACUAACAUUUCAUUCCCCAGUGAUAGCAUGGGUGCAUACUAUUUGUAAUGAAUAAGCAUAGUGGUUUCAAUAGAUUUUCAACCAAUGGCAAACAUCAGCUUUGUUAUUUUACUUAUGAUUUAACACUGAAUAUGCUAUGUACAUUCGUCUUGGGGCUGGGGUAAACAAGUUUACAGUUAAACGAGCUUCAUAGACUAACCGCUAAUUAAACUAGAUUUCAUUAUUAUAUUUUGACAGACAUUCCUCUUCUUGCUUGCUUCGUUUAUGCCUUCAUAAUGAAAAAUGUUAAGUUCACCCAGCAGUUAAAUUUGUUGAUAACUUAUCUAAUUAAUACCUUCAAGGGAAGCUGAAUUUUAUUUUGUUAAUGUUAUCCGUUUUAUAAACUCUAACGAUAUCAUUUCCGUUGUGAUUCAUAUAUCGUGCUAGUGGACCUAAAUGUACGGCAUGGUGGUUGGUAUUAGAAAUGAGCAAAAAAUGCGCGCUUGAGCGACGUUUUGAAUCUUACGUCAGGUCAUGCAGAACAUAAAAUAACAAGAAUCCAUUAUGAAUCACUGUACCACCGUUUCAUUGGGCUCUUUGAAAUGUGAAAUGAUUAAAGUGGUAUAGUGGAUAAGUUGCCCGUCUCGAUUUCAAGGUUAUGAUUUAAUGCCCCUCAUAGCCUCAGAAAAAGGACAUAAGGACUGGUAUCUAUCCAAGAAACAGACUCUAUGCUGUUUUUUUUCCUUUCAGCUUUUGUCGAAACCAAGUUAGAUACAAUUUUUCAUUAGCUAACCAAGUUAAAUAAUUUGGCAUUUCUUAAAAUGUAAGCUGACUUGCUAACAAUUUGAUCACCUUUUUACUUGUAUUUGCUAUCACCCACAAUUUUGUUUAGAAAUGAUGAGUACUGCGCACGGACACCAAUAUUUAUUUUCUGUAGUGUUACUACCAUAAAAGCACAUAAACUCAAAUUGUUUUGUACUAUGAUACUUUAUCUGUAAGUUUGUGUGUAGAUUAAUAUCUCAAGUUUAGAAUAAUUAUCUCAUUUAGAUCAAGUUGAAUUUUACAUUAAAUAGAAUGAGAAUGUACAGGAAUAUUUAUAUUUCAUUGAUCAUGUGCUUAUUUUUUAUAAUAGUAA